AUGCAACUCAAACAAAUCAUCUUCUCUUUGGCUUUGUUCUUUAUUGCUUUCCAAGCUGUUGAAGCAAAGACACGUUAUUUUAUGUGGUGUGGAGAUACCGCAUCAUUGGAUUCUACUGCUCCAAGUUAUGAUUGUGGAACAAGCACCAACUGGUAUUACUUUGGUAGUGAUAUGCCUGCUGUUGGUGGUAAAUGGGCUUAUUACAAUCCUGAUAGUCAAUACAUUCAACCUUUCAUUCAAUGUUGUCAAGAUGCUGGAAAGAACGCUUACACCUCCAAUGUUGAUUGGGACAACUACACUGGUAUCGCUUCCUUGGCUGGUGACAUCGCCGGUAUCCUCAGUCUGGCUAUCGCUUUGGCAGUGAAUGGUGUCUUACUUUGCCUUUAUUGGUUCUUGUCAUUUUCUGUUUCUCUGUGGAAUAGAAUGAUAAAUGACGUGAAACUGGAUCAGUUGAAUGGGUAUAAAAUAAGAAUGGAUGAUCGGCGGCUUUCAACUGAAUGGGUGUAGUACAGGAUCAACAGGAUGGGAGUACAACAACACCAAUAAAUUGGAUCAACGACAGAAUUCUACUAGACAAGAAAGGCAACUUAAUUUGGCGAAAUUAUCCUUUUUGGCGAUCUUUUCUGUUUUGGUGAACCUCUUCUUCAUCUGGAUGUUAUUGUUCCCGUU